AUGCCAAUACCGCCUUGUUUUGUAGACUACAUCUCUGGCGUCAUCCUCUUCUCUGAAACUCUCCACGACUUCGGCCUCGCCCCCCUCCUCUCCAAACGUGGAAUAAUCCCCGGCGUCCGCGCCGACACCGACUCCCACCCUCUCCCCAUCUCUCCCCCAGAACCCUCCACCCAAGGCCUCGACGACCUCUUCCCCCGUCUCCAAGCGGCCCACACCGCCGGCGCCCGCUUCAGCAAAUGGCGAGCCCCGAUCCUCUGCGACGCGGCCCAGUAUCCCACACACGCAGCAUUGGAGGCCCAGGCGGAUGCUCUAGCCAGGUUUGCCGCGGUCAGCCAGAUGGUGGGGUUAGUGCCUAUUGUGGAGCCGGAUGUGGAUUUCAGUGCGGAUGCGACGUUGGGGAGGAGUGUGGAGGUGCAUGUGAAGAUUAUUAGUAUGAUCUAUGCAAAGUGCUUGCAGUAUGGGGUACUGUUAGAAGGGUCGUUGAUCAAGCCUUCGUUCGCUCAACCCGGGUUGAAGCAUCCAUCGAGAAAGACGACCUCGGCGGAUGAUAUCGCACUCGCCACAGCGACAGCUCUUGUCAGGUCUGUUCCUAUAGGUGUAGCGGGUGUUGUCUUCCUUUCCGGUGGUCUGUCCGACUCCGACGCUGCUCUAUACCUCCACAAGAUCAACCAUAUCGUCAAUACCUCCCAGGCUCCCUCUCCACUCGCACGUCUGCCUCCGCUUACGUUCUCAUUCGGCCGAGGACUGCAGGGUGAUGCCAUGCAGAAGUGGGUGAAGGGAGAUGAACAGGGAGCGAAAGCUGCGUUCGAGGAGAGGGCAAAGGUCUGCUGGACUGCUUCUCGUGGUGAAUUGAAGGUCUGA